GCAUAUUCUUCAUCAAAUAACCCAUAAACAAUAUCAUAUGCAACAGUUCACGCAUCGUCACAAAAUCGAACUUUACUUUUACAGCCAUUGUAAAAAUAAAAUUCUCCAUUCAGUCGCUCUUGAGCUUUUAAAACAAUCGGAGGCAAUAAUUUUUGAGUGCUACCAAUUUAUUUAACUUCCGAUGAUAUCAACGCAAUAAAAAUAGAGAAUUAAAAAGUGAUAUUGUGGGCAAUAAAAGGCUUGUUGAUAAAGGAGAAUGAGACGAAUUUUUAAUUCAAUUAAGCGUUCACUUGUGGAACAACAAAUACAGAGCAACACAAUGAGAGUAAUUUUGUUACUUCUCAUAAGCUUCUCAAUGUUGAGGCACGGCACUGAAGCGACUAAAAUUGUCUCGCUUAAUGACAAUUGGAUUUUGGAGCAAGAAAUUGAAGCUUAUGUUCCAAAUUUUCGUUCUGUAAAGAAGUUCAAUUGGGAAAGAGAGAUUGACAGUGACAAUGAAGGUAAUGUAGAAACUACUACAGAAAAUAUUGAAGAAGAUACCACAAAAUCUAAUGCAGAAGAAACAACAGAAGGAACUACCUACAUUAGUACAGAAGAUCCUACUGAAGGUACCACUGAUGGUAGUGGUAAAGCCAUAAAAAUAGAAAACAUCACAAUUCCAAGUGGCAUCUUUACUGACCUUGAGAAUGCAGGCAUAACUGAAAGCAUCUUGUAUGGUUUUAACGACAGAGAACUUCGUCAUUAUUCCUACAUGAAUUGGAUAUAUUCAAAGAGCUUCAUCGUUACCGCUGAUGACUUAAACCACGAAUUUGUCAUCCUCACCUUCCAUGGACUCGACACGAUCACGAAAAUAAUUUUAAAUGAUCAACUUCUCGGAAAUACUGACAACAUGUUUAGAAGAUUUAAGUUUGGUGUUAAGAGUUUUUUGAUUGAGGGUGAAAAUAAACUAGCGAUACAUUUCGAGUCACCAGUGGUAGCAGCUAAAAACAUAGAUGAAACACAUAUUAACAGAACAAUCACACCAGCAUGUCCACCAGACACCUACAAAGGUGAAUGUCAUAUCAAUUUGUUGAGGAAAAUGCAAGCUUCUUUUGCUUGGGACUGGGGUCUAGCAGCACCGUCAAUGGGAAUCUGGAAAAAUGUCGAAUUAGAACUCUACGACUCACUACAUUUCCGUGACAUCACAUAUGAAUUGAAUACUUUCAUACCUCAGCCACAAUCUGAUGGCUCAUCAGAGAUUCAAGUAGAAGAGACUGAUCAAUUUUGGGAGUUGGACUUUAUUGUUCAUGUUGAAGCAGGAGAAGCAAACAUGACUUUUGAAGGUGUUUUGAUCUACGAACUGAUUAAUAUCAAUGGCACACAUUCAAUGAACUUUAAUGUUCAUACAGAUCAGUAUGGAAAGGCAGAAAUUCCAAUAAAUAUGAAAGUCAACAAGAACUCUGUCAAUUUAUGGUGGCCAAAUGGAUACGGUGAUCAACAACUCUACACAUUUAGAGCAAGAUGGGAAGAUUUAAGAGUCAACGGUGUCAAUUUUUACUCAAGAAUCUUCUUAGUGACUGAAAAAGAAAUUAAUGUUGGCUUUAGAACAAUUGAGCUAGUUCAAGACUUAAUGGAAAAUGGACUUUCAUUUUACUUCAAAGUUAAUGGUAUUCCAAUAUUUAUGAAAGGAUCUAAUUGGAUUCCAUCGCACAUCUUGCCUGAAAAGUCUGCAAAUGAGGAUAAAAUCAAGGAAUUAUUGCAAGCUGCAAGAGAUGCUCACAUGAAUAUGUUGCGAGUUUGGGGUGGUGGUGUCUAUGAAUCCGAUUAUUUCUACAACUUAGCUGACAAAUAUGGAAUCCUAAUUUGGCAAGACAUGAUGUUUGCAUGUGCUAUGUACCCAACAGGAGACUUCCUCGAAUCAGUCAAAUAUGAGAUUAGAGAUCAAAUCAAAAGAAUCCAACAUCAUCCAUCAAUUGCUUUAUUUGCAACAAAUAAUGAAAAUGAGGUGGCAUUGAGGCAAAAUUGGUAUGACACAAAGCAAUUUUAUAAAGAAUUUGCAGAAGAUUAUAAUGUAUUAUAUAGAACCACCAUAAUCGGUGAGAUCAGAAAAUAUGACAAAAAAAGAACAACUUUAUUAUCUUCACCAUCAAAUGGUAAUUGGAAUAAAGAUCGUGAUGACUAUGGAAUUUCUAUGGAUCCACAAAGUGCACAUUUCGGGGAUAUCCAUUUUUAUCCAAUGAAUACAAAUUCCUGGAAUCCAACAACCUUCCAUACAGCAAGGUUUGCAAGUGAAUAUGGAUUCCAAAGUUAUCCACAAGGAUGGAAAGAAGUGACACCUGAGAAUGUGACUGUUAUGAACCUACUCAACUACAGACAGCAUCAUCCAUUGAACAGCACAUUAAUUACAUAUUUAGUCCAAGAAAACAUAAAUGUCAAUUUUGAGUCACUCAACUGGGAGGAUCAGGUCUACUUAAGUCAGUUAUCACAAGCCAUAGCACUUAAAACAGAAACUGAAGUUUAUCGAGCUGGUCGUGGUGAAUUCAUGUACACAAUGGGUGCUUUAUACUGGCAACUUAAUGAUGUCUGGGUAGCACCAAGCUGGAGUUCCAUAGAAUAUAAUGGGAACUUCAAAAUAAUUCAGUAUUGGAUGGAAUCAGUGUUCAGACCAAUCACAUUAAUUACACAAGUUCGACUCCUUAACAAGCUAACAAUCUAUGCUGUAAGUGAUGAGAUUAAGGUCGGUCCAAAGCCAAUGUCAAUUAAGAUGAAUGUUUAUAAAUGGAGUGGAAUUGAAGUCAUUGACACACAGUCUUGGACAUUUGAGAUGAAAGGCAAUGAUGUGACACUUGUGGAUACAAUUGAUUUAUAUAAAUACAUGAAUGAUAAAGGAUAUGAUGUCUAUGAAUAUUUCAUGAUGUUCUACCUGUAUGAAGGAUCUCAAAACUCGAGCAAUGCAAUUGCCGCUAAUUUUGUUUUUCCUGGAAAUUAUCAAUAUUUGAAGUCAAUGAAGGAUCCAAAUUUGACUUAUGAAUUCACGACUAAUAAGUGCGAGAAUGAACAACAUCGGAUAUCCAUGACGAUUAAUAUUGACAGUCCAGCUUUGUUUGUCUUCAUUGUACUGGAGCAUCCUGAAAUAAAACAGUAUAAAUUGAGCAAAAAUGGAUUUAUUCAAGUUGAGCCUUUCAUCACUGUACAACUGACAUUUUCUAAUCCUGGAUGUCGGUCUUCUAUUAAAGCUGAUUCCCUUAAAAUUAAAACUUUGAAUAAAUUUUUGAUGUAAAUUUGGAUUUUUGAAUUGUGAUAAAAUUGUGUGUCAAUAAAGUCAAUUUAUUUUUUGAAAAUGAACAAGA